GUUGGGACCUCACAGUGUCUCUGAGCGCCUGUGUGUGUAUGUCUUUGUGAGUGUGUGUGUGUGUGUGUGUGUGUGCACUUGCAUUUUUUAAAUACAACAAUGCUGCAUAACCCAUGGGUGGCUACUUACCUGAAACAUGUCAAGUUUUUUGAGCAAGGCAUCACAGUCGACAGAUUUGCGUCGUCUCUCCUCAAGAAAAGAUCACACAGUUUUGAUAUUGAUCGCCCUCCCACACAUAAGGCUGAACUAGUGAAGAGUGCCUCUGACAUCGAUGCCAACCUCCGAGCCAUCCUACCCAAGGUUUCGGAACUACGGAAGCACUUUGAAACAACAAAGUCAAGUGAAUCAGAAAUGAACAGGAAAGAGCGCAUUGCUCGGAGAUUAGAGGGAAUCGAAGCAGAUGCCCCACCUGCUCUUGUUCCCAGCAUGCAACACGUCCCUGGGCUGGUGGCCAAUCGGCUGUUGGAGGAGGACACGCCCCGCUACAUGCGGGCGUCAGACCCAUGCGACCCAGGAAUUAUGGUGCGGCGUUACGCUGGCGAUGAGGGUUCCACUACAGACCGUCAGUCUCGUGCUCGGAACCGCGGGGAGCCUGCCGGUUCCUCUCAGGAAGGGUCUAUUCAGCAGGGGGCGCCCUCGGACGCGAUCCCAGCUCUGGUGGGGAGCACCAAGGCCGAGAGGAUAGCGCGGUACAAGGCAGAACGCCGCCGCCAGCUCUCGGAACGCUAUGGAAUCCUCCUGGACCAGGAGGCGGAGCCAGAACGCCAUCCUCGCCAGUCGCACUCACGCAGGGAGGGGAGGAGCCAAGCCCAGGAGGACGAGGAGGCGCGUAGCCGCGGCGAUGAGAGGAGUCGCCCGCAGUACAGCCAAUCGGGCGUGGGGCGUGUGUUCAUGCCGGCCAAUCCUGACCCUACCCCAGCGGAACCCCUCCCACCUGAGAGAGGAAAACGAGGCUCGUUCUCUGAGCGCGAGCGCGUGCUGAAUGUGGAGAACCACAGACGCGGAAGCCGCACGCGCCAGCCACCGCCAGAGGAUGCACCCGUCGUCAUGGAGACGACACUGGGCAGAGGGGUGAUGGCGGUGCCCAGCUCUCCGCGCACGGCUAGGCGGGCAUCACUCCCCUCCACACGCCAGGGCAUCUCCCCCGGGGACCUGUUCAUAGAGCAGCAGGCGCAAAACAUCCUCAGCAGACAGGGCUUGGCGACUCUGUCCCAAAGCGACUGGAGUCUCGUUCAAGACUCCGACAGCAACACUCACUCCCACAUCAACUGGCCCUCCAGAAUCCGGUUCAGGGAGAGGCAGGCGAGAGACGAUCGGGGUUCAGAUGCCGGGUCGGAUCCCCCAGGCCCACGGCGACACCCUACAGUUAUCCCCACUCAUCGCAUUACCUACUUAAUCUUAAUGGAAGUAGCCAGCGCCCCCCCCAGCACCGAAGGCCAAUCCACCAGCCCCCCCGGAAGCCUGGUAGAAAACCCCCAGCCAGAACCCCCAAAACCCAGCUAUGAACCCCCAAACUAUCAACGCACAGGCAGUGCUGAACCUCCGAGAUACCAACACCAUCCUGCUGUUGAUAGUCCACACUACCAACAUACACCAAGCUAUGAACCCCUAAGCUACCAGCGCACGCCGAGCACUGAACCCCCCCACUACCAGCGAACCCCGAGCGCUGAACCCCCCCACUACCAGCGAACCCCGAGCGCUGAGCCGCCAGUUUACCAGCGCGGUGCCAACACCAAUCCCCCAGGCUACCCUGACCCGAAUGCUCCACAUCAGCUAUCUUUCAGCAUUGCUCACCCCGUGGAUCCACACUUCACCUCUUACAAACACCCUCCUGCCCAGGCUCACGGUCACACACCCCAACCCCCUGCUCAGGUUCCUAGUUACACAUCCCACCAUGGCCCACAGGCCUCGCUUCCACCGCACGCCCCCACAGAGCCCGCGGAACCUCAGGGCUACCCAUUUUCCUCCUCUGUGAGGCAUGUGGUGGGCCCGGGAGAGUUCCGGCACAGGACUAGCACAGACUACCAGACGAGAGAACCUCAACAACACAACUAUCAAAGGAGGGAGCUUCAGAAAGACCUUCAACACAGAGAACCACAAAGAGAAGACAACCAGAGGAGGGAACCUCAACGACAAGAUUAUCAAAUAAGGAAACCUCAACAACACGACUAUCAAAGAAGGGACUCUCAACAAGACGAUUACCACCGGAGGGAAUCUCAAAGAGAUCUUCGACAGCAAGAACCACAAAAAGAAGACUACCAAAGGAGGGAACUUCAACGAGACGUUUAUCAAAGGAGGGAGCCUCAACAAGAACCUCAACGACACAAUUAUGAAAGGAAGGAACCUCAACAAGUGGACUUUCAGAGAAGGGAACCUCAAAGAGCUGAGACCCAGAGAGAAGACCAUCAGAGGAGGGAUCACUAUGGGGGACUGCCUCAAAGUGGCCUGGGUCAAAGAGGGGAGGACCAUCAGAGAAGAGAUGCCCACAGAGGGGACUAUCAAACAUGGGUACCCCACAGGGCAGAGCCACAGCGGAUGGAGGUCUCAAGGGGGGAUUUUCAGAUAGAAUCCUCAAGACCGGAACCUCAAAGAGCAGAACCCAAAAGGGGGGAGUCCAAGGAGUCCAAGGAGGGAGAACAUCAGAAAAGGGAAAUCCUGAGAGGGGAGCCCCAUAGAGUGGGGCCUCCUCCUCAUGGAGAAACUCCGCAAGGAGAACCUCUGAGAGACCCCCAAAGAGGACAACCAGAGACAGGAGAAUCCCAGAGAGGAGAACUUCAGAGAAAACCCCUGAGAGGAGAACCUGAGACAGAACUUCAUAGAGGAGAACCUGAGACAAGAGAACAUAAGAGAGGAGAACCUCACAGAGGGGAAUGUCAUAGAGAACCACAAAGAGCAGAACCCCAGAGAGAACCUCAGGGAGGAGAACCUCAGAAAGCGGAACUGCAACAAGGGGUCCGAACUGACCAGCACACCGAGGGCCUGCUCCGGAGCAGGAAGGCCGUUCUCCCCUCUGAGAUCCGUCGUCGUGAGCGAAGCAGUGAUGAUCCCGCACGUUCCCAAGGAGAUGAACAGGGCAGUCCCAGGAUUGGCCAGUCAGAUGAGCUGGAGGGUCAAGGCAGGAGGAGGAUUAGCCAAUCAGAUGAGGGAGAAGGACAUGUUCGUAGGAGGAGGAUCAGCCAAUCAGAUGAGGGAGAAGGACAUGUUCGGAGGAGGAGGAUCAGCCAAUCGGAUGAAAAGGAGGCACCCGUAAGGAGGAGACGAAUCAGCCAGGAGGAUGGAGAAGCCCGUCGUGUGAGGACAGUGAGCCAAUCAGAGGAGGAAGGGCAAACCAGUCGCGUGAGGAGAAUCAGCCAGAAUCAGUCAGAAGAGGACUGGGAGAUGCGAGACCAUGGGCAACCACUGGGCAGUCAAGACAUCGCCGAUGAAACCCUAAUGGACACUACGCCCCCUCAACUCCAGCCAGCCAAUGAGGAGGACCGAAGUGUAGCUUCCCCUAGAAGCCCCGCCUCCCCGCCAGAGAGACCGCGGCGGUCUGGAGGGGAGCUCAAGCCCAAGAUCCGCAUGCGCUCCAUGUCUGACAUCGGGGUGACUCAACGCUCUGCCGUGUACCGAAGCCUGGAGCGAGCUGCCACCCGGGAGGCAGCUACGGUGGGGCCUGUUGCCAGGGAGAUGGGCGGAGUGGCCAAUGGCGAGGUAGGAGGCCUGGACACGCGGGUCUCCGUAGCAAAGCUGAGACACUCGUACCUGGAGAACGCCUCCGGACGCCGACCCGAGCUUGAUGUGAAGGUGGACCCGGCGGCAGUGGUGGUUGCCGUGGCGGCGGAGGGCGAGAUGCCGAUGGCUGAUUGGGAGAGAGGCACUCGUCGCCCCCGCCGAUACAUCACCCCGGGAGACGACAGGAAGUCCUCAGAGAGGUUCCACACUCAACCAAUCACCUCUGCCGAACGGCUGGAGUCCGACAGGUCCCGGUUGAGUCCUACUCAACUCCAGAACAAUGAAGCAGAUGAGGAGAAGUUGGAUGAGAGGGCAAAGAUGAGUGUGGCUGCAAAGAGGUCCCUCUUCAGGGAGUUGGAGCGGAGUGCGGAGGUCAUCCCGAAGCCUCGGUCUCGUAAUGCAGCCGUGGAGCGGCGUUUUCGCCGAGCCCUGGAGCGCUCCCACACCCAGCCCGUCACCCCACAGGAAGUGGUCAUCGCCACCACGUGCACUGCACCAGCCGUGCCCCUGGUCCCUGUACAGACUACACUUCCCAGAAUCCCCAGCCCUGCUCUAGUCAGCACCACCACCAACAGCUUCAGCCUACAAGCUGCUGCUUCAGCUCAUGGUUCGACCUCGAAGGAACAAGAGAAAGAGGCUCUGCCCAGAGAGGUGGUGCCUAGUGAGGAAGAGGCGGGACCAGAUGCAGAAGAGGCGGGGCCAGAUGAGCCUGACAUAUCGACUCUCAGCCUUGCUGAGAAGAUGGCGCUGUUCAACCGCAUAUCACAGGCUGGAGCCCGCCCCCCUGAUGCCAAAGCCCGCCGUGGACAAGCCCGCUUCCAGACUCAGCCAAUCACACAAGAGGAGGUGCUAAAGGAACUAGAGCAGGAAGUCCCACCCACUGCUGUCACAGAGCCCACCCCUGUAACUCUAGAGCAACCACAGGGAGAGCAAAUCAAGCUAGAGCCUCUUUCAGCAUCUCUGGUGCGUUCUGUUGCCGUGGCGAGCUCCCAGGCUUCUGUUGCCACGGUGCCCGCUGCAUCCACAGCGACUGCUGGCGAUGCCCACCUGGAGAAGCCACCACUGCCGCUGUACAGCCCGCCCCCUCAGCCAUCACCCAAUGAGAGAGCACCCCCACCCCCCUACCCCAAACCACAAGCUCCUCUGUACUCACUACUGCCCCAAGUGCCCCAGCAACAACUGCCCCAGCCUCAAUUGUCCCAGCCCCAAUUGCCCCCGGCCCAGACUCAGCCCCCUCCGCCCACUUACCCUAAACCACAGGCCCCGCAAUACGGCCAACUGCCAUCGGCCCAAACCCUGCCCCCACCCCCCACCUACCCCAAACCAGUGCCCCCUGCUGGGUAUCCUCAGCCGCCCCCAGCCCAGCCCCCAGUUGCCCCCAAGCAGCCCCCGGCGCCCCAGCCCAAGCCCCAGUCCUACGUGCUGCCACCCCCAGAGGACCUCCAGGGUGCCCCAGGGCCCAGCCAGGUGAGCCCCAAGCAGGCCAGGAUCGCCGCCACACAGGCCCCCCCUCCACCCAGCACCAGGGUCCCACAGCCUGCGUCUGCUGAGGACAUGAGCGCCUUAUCCAUCAAGGAGAGGUUGGCUCUCCUGAAGAAGAGUGGUGAGGAGGAUUGGAAGAACAGAAUCAAUAAGAAACAGGAAGUUGCUCAGGAAGUGGUAUCUGCUAGCGACGGCAAUGCCCAAAUAUGGCAGGAGCAAGGCUCCAGGAAGAAGGAACCAGUCUUUGCUGCUAUGUACUCUCCUCCUCCUGUUGAGCAGCAGUUCAAUCAGCCUGCAGGAGAUGAGAUGGGGGAGGGGAAGAUGUCAAUCGAGGAAAGGAAGCAGAUGAUCUGUACACGGGAGGAGGCGUGGCAAAGCACAGGCAGGGGCGUGGCCAAUGACUCCAGCCAAUACACAGUAGCUGCACGUAUGGUGAAGAAAGGUCUGGCUGCAUCGUCCUCCAUCAUCAGCCCCAUCCUGUCUCCUGUCUCGACCAAAUUCAAAGGCAGCAGCCCCACUGUCGGCAAACCCCAGGAAGAACUGGAGGCUCAGCCUGACAUGGAGUCUGAUAAGAAGUUGGACAAGUUGGAGGCUUUCAUUGGACGCAUCAACAGCAGAGUGUCAGAGCUCCAGGAGACGACCCUGACUGUCACAGAGCGAGCUGUAAAGGAAGUGAUGCGUCUGGAUGAUGAGGUCUUCUCCAAGUUCUACCGCCACGUUACUGAGCUGCCACGCUCACCAGGACGCAUUCAUAUCGAUGAUGAUUUUGAUGCCAUCUUUGGCAAGCAGACGCCAAAGCUGACCUCAGCGAUGGUGCAGCACAAGCGUGCGGUGCGUCCGUCCCGGAACGUCCAGUCGUCCAGGAACCCUCUGAGGAUGCUGGCGGCCCGCCAGGACAUUCGCCACGAAUACACCGAGCAGCGGCUCAACAUCGCACAGCUGGAGAGCAGGAGGAUGAAGCAGAAAACGGUCAGCAUGACUAAGAGCUGCAGCCUGUCGGACGCGGCGCUGGCUGGACUGGCCAGUAAGGAGAACUUCAGCAGUGUCAGCCUCCGUAGCGCCUCAGUCUCCGAGCAGCUCACCAACAACAGCGCUGCCCCAUACAGGAAGACCAUGCUACUGCACAUCAAAGGUCGGCGCCAUGUGCAGACGCGUUUGGUGGAGCCGCGUCGGUCAUCUCUGAACAGCGGAGACUGCUUCCUGCUCAUCACCUCUGAACUCUGCUGCGUCUGGAUCGGAGAAUUCUCCAACGUCAUCGAGAGAGCCAAGGUGUCAGAGCUGGCCAACUUCAUCCAAACCAACCAUGACCUGGGUUGCCGAGCAACUGAGGUUGUCACCCUUGAGGAGGGGGUCAAUGCCCAGGGAGCAGUUGCUACGGAGUUCUGGAAGGUUCUGGGAGGAUUGGCCCCUUAUCAAUCUGCGGGCCCUGCAGAGGAGGAUGAGCUGUUUGAGAGCGCCAUCGUUGAGACCAACUGCAUCUUCAGGCUGGUUGAGGACAGACUGCUGCCUGAUGAUGAUUACUGGGGAAGAGUCCCUCACUGCGCCCUGCUCGACUCCAAAGAGGUGCUGGUGUUUGACUUUGGCAGUGAGGUGUACGUGUGGCAUGGCCGUGAGGUGACGCUGGCCCAGAGGAAGGUGGCCUUCCAGCUGGCCAAGCACCUGUGGAACGGAACCUUCGACUACACCAACUGUGACAUCAACCCCCUGGACCCGGGGGGCUGCAACAAACUCAUCCCCAGGAAGGGCCAGGGCCGGCCUGACUGGGCGAUUUUCGGCCGCCUCACGGAGCACAACGAGACGACUCUGUUUAAGGAGAAGUUCCAGGACUGGAGGGAGACCCACAGGGCCGACCCCGACCAGCCCAGCACAGAACAGGUUGAAGUGAGCGGUAAAGAGGCUGGCGUGGCUCCGUGUGCGUACGACGUGCGUUUGAUGCUCCCCCUGCUGCAGAGCCCCGUCAGCACACGACUAGAUGGCCAGGACAUCGGCCGUGGACAUGGACGCGUCCAGGGGGGAGAGGAGGAUGGGCUGCGUAGUCUGGAGGUGAGCACCACCAGUGUGGAGGCGUGGCACGUCCUGGAGUUCGACUACAGUCGUCUGCCCCGCCAGAGCGUCGGACAGUUCCACGAGGGGGACGCAUACGUGGUCAAGUGGAAGUACAUGGUCACCUCUGCAGUGGGCAGUCGUCAGCGUCCGGAUCAGGUGCGCAGCGCCCCCGCUGGCCGAGAGAAGUGCUGCUACUUCUUCUGGCAGGGCAGGCACUCCUCAGUCAGCGAGAAGGGAACCUCGGCACUCAUGACCAUCCAACUAGAUGAGGAGAGGGGGCCACAGGUCCAGGUGCAGCAGGGUAAAGAGCCUCCAUGUUUCCUGCAGUGUUUUAACGGAGGGAUGGUGGUGCAUGCUGGGAAACGAGAGGAAGAGGAGGAGAACAUCCAGAAUGAGUGGCGGCUGUACUGUGUGCGUGGGGAGGUGCCGGUGGAGGGCCACCUGCUGGAGGUGGCUUGUCACUGCAGCUCCCUGCGCUCCCGCUCCUCCCUGGUGCUGCUGGGGAUCCAGCAGGCCCACAUCUACCUGUGGCACGGCGUGGUGGCUCAGACACACACGCCGCUUGGGCGCUCGCACCGGGCCAAGAUUAAAGAACAACGACCACUGGAGGCGGGGCUUCAUAGCAGCUGUCAGGUGACCAUCCAUGAGUGUGAGGAGGGGGAGGAGCCUCUGGGCUUCUGGGAGGCUCUCGGACGCAAGGACCGCAAGGCCUACGACUGCAUGCUGCAGGACCCUGGGAAGUUUGACUUUACCCCGCGUGUGUUCCUGCUGAGCAGCUCGUCGGGGGAGUUUGUGGCGCGCGAGCUCUUCCACCCCUCCCAGGCCCCUGGCCUUGUCAGCUCCCAGCCCUGCCUUCAGGAGGACCUCUACUCUGCUCCCCAGCCAGCUCUGUUCCUGGUGGAUAACUUCCAUGAGGUGUACCUGUGGCAGGGCUGGUGGCCUCAGGACUCUGAGAGCCCUGGCUCCGCCCACAUCCGCUGGGAUGCAGACAGGAAGUGCGCCAUGGAAACCGUGCUGCAGUACUGCCGAGCUAAGAGUGAGAAAGCUGCUGUCCCUAAGGCGUACCUGGUCCACGCUGGUCUGGAACCGCUGACCUUCACCAACAUGUUCCCCAGCUGGGAGCACCGCCAGGACAUCGCCCACAUCACAGAGAAGGAGGCAGAGGUGUGUAAUCAGAUCAUCCUGGUGGAGGACGUCCUUGCCCGCUUGUGCCAGAACACCUACCCUCUCUCUGCCCUGAAGACACGCCCCCUUCCCCAGGGAGUCGACCCCCUACGCCUGGAGAUCUACCUAUCAGAGGAGGACUUUGAGGAGGCCUUGGAUAUAAAGAGGGAGGAGUUUGAAGCUCUGCCUGGCUGGAAACAGGUCAACUUGAAGAAAGCCAAAGGACUCUUUUAGCAACCUGGCAACAAUUGCCAUGGAGACGUGACUGUAAAGCACUGGGUGGGGCCUGAGGCUGAUGAUGCCCAGAUGCCCCGCCCACCCAUCAAGAUGACUUCCUGUCACAAUGCCAUGCACGCACAGACAGAGCAGGCUGCUCCUGGAUUUAUUUACUAGAGAUUUUACAGAGUGUGUGACUGAGGGGUGUGUGUGUGUGUGUGUGUGUGUGUGUGUGUGUGUGUGUGUCUGAGUGACCUUGAUUUGUGCUUGGCUCAGCUUCUGUGUGCUACUGGGAGUGAAAGUCGCAAUUGAAACACGCUUGUAACAAUCACACAUAUUUAUCCAGCCUGAUCAGCCUCUCACACUGGCCCCAGGGCAACCCUAUACAGCUGGCUGCAGACCUAGGGGCUAUGUUUCCAACCUGGCAACCCCGUACAGCUGGCGGCAGACCUAGCAACCCUAUACAGCUGGCUGCAGAUCUAGGGGCUAUGUUUCCAACCUGGCAACCCUGUACAGCUGGCUGCAGACCUAGGGGCUUUGUUUCCAACCUGGCAACCCUAUACAGCUGGCUGCAGACCUAGGGGCUAUGUUUCCAACUUGGCAACCCUGUCGCAAUGACUGCAGCCAUUGAUGGUGGUGUAUUUUUCCAUCCUGGCAAUCCUGCAGCACUGGCUGCAGCCCUCAAGGGCAGUGUAUUUGUUCAACCUGGCAACCCUGUCGCAAUGACUGCAGCCAUUGAUGGUGGUGUAUUUUUCCAUCCUGGCAACCCUGUAGCACUGGUUACAGCCAUUAAAGGGGGGUUAUUUUUCCAACCUGGCAACCCUGUUGCACUGGUUGCAGCCCUCGAGUGGAGUGUGUUUUUCAAACCUGGCACCCCUGCAACCCCCAAGGGGUGUGCAGACCGUCACUACCAGCCAGGAGGAAGCAUACAACUCCACUGUCUCAGUUAGCACACAGCUCCACUGUUCCAAUGUCUCAGUUAGCCUACAGCUCCACUGUCUCAGUUAGCAUACAGCUCCACUGUUAGCAUACAGCUCCACUGCCUCAGUUAGCAUACAGCUCCCAGCUCCACUGUUAGCAUACAGCUCCACUGCCUCAGUUAGCCUACUGCUCCACUGUUAGCAUACAGCUUCAUUGUCUCAGUUAGCGUACUGCUCCACUGUUAGUGUACAGCUCCACUGUCUCAGUUAGCGUACAGCUCCACUGUCUCAGGUAGAGGAAGCGUACAGCUCUCUGUGUGUUAACCAAUCACAAUUAAAUGAAGUCUAGAGUUUUGUGAGUAUUAACCAAUCACCGUCGAAUGAAGUCUACAGUUCUGUGUGAAUUAACCAAUCACAUUUGAAGAGAGGCUCCGAUCUCCGCCCUGCUGGGAUGAACCUCUCACCCUGGCCCCCAAGGUCAGAGGUCAUGACCUCUGCCCCCUCUGACGCUGAGCGCAGUGCUGAGGUCACAUCCUGUGUGUUUUGGAGCUGAAGUGUAACUGUGUAAUACAACUAGAGGUGUCUAAGUGUGUGUCAGUGUGUCAGAGAGCAGGGCGCAGCUGCAGCACCAACACUGGAGACCCUCUUCCUCCUCUGCUUUACUUUACUCUCUCUGUCUCCAAACCAGUUUACAUGCAAGUGUGUGUCCUUUUUUGUUGUGCACCUAACCGCCAGCUCUCCUAGACGAGGCCCCUGGUGCGGGUGUAGAGUGUUUUGAGUGGAGGAGGGUGUGGGUGUAGAGUGUUUUGGGUGGAGGAGGGUGUGAGUGGAGGAGGGUGCGGGUGUAGAGUGUUUUGGGUGGAGGUAAGAUGUCCUGUAUAGUGCCUUGCUCCGUGUACAGUUUAUAUACAGAAACACUCCUCUAGUCUAAGUCUGCAUUUCUCGGACUUUCUUUGUGAUAAAAUAGUGAUUAAAUAAAUAAACAAAUAAAUAAAUAAAGGAGGCAGUUUCAAACUU